GCACUAACCUAAUUCCCAUUCACUCGUCUCGCUUUUGAAAAAUUUGCACUGCACUUGCGAUCUUUGGAGAAAGGGGGGCCAAAGGCCGCAAUUUUUUAAUUAUUUCCACCAAAUUUCACCUACAAAAAAUGCUUUCCAGGGCUGCUUUAUUGUCCGGACAAAACUCGAGGGCCCUUGUUGCUUUUAGCAGGGCUACUGGUACCACCCCAGCUUCUAAUGCUGCUGCCGCGGCUACUGACAGUCCUUCUUCAUUAUAUCAAAGGCCUGUCAGAUUAAUUGAACCAGGCAAAGUCCGUCACGGAUUCAUUCCAGAAGAAUGGUUCCAAGCUUUCUAUGCUAAAACUGGUGUAACUGGUCCAUACACUUUUGCCGUCACCCUCACCACUUAUUUGGUCAGCAAGGAAAUCUACGUUCUGGAACAUGAAUAUUAUUCUGGACUUUCCUUGUUCCUCAUGUGGUACGUUGGUAUCAAGAAAUUGGGACCAAAACUGGCAGCAUAUUUGGACAAAGAGAUCGAUCAAUAUGAAAAAGAUUGGAAUUCUGGCCGUGUAUCCCAGAAAGAAGGUUUGGAAGCUCAAAUUGCCGACGAAGAAAAGGCCCAAUGGUCUAUUGAAGGUCAAAACAUUUUGAUUCAGGCUAAACGGGAAAAUGUGGCUUUGCAAUUGGAAGCCAACUACCGUGAACGUCUCAUGAACGCUUACCAAGCUGUCAAGAGCCGUUUGGAUUACCAAGUUGAAAAAACUAAUGCCGAACGCAGAAUUACCCAGAAAAAUUUGGUGGAAUAUGUGGUGGCCAGAGUAAAAGCCUCCAUUACUCCAGAUCAAGAAAAGCAGAACAUCAACCAAUGUAUUUCGGAUUUGGCUUUAUUGGCCAAGGCUUAAGUAAUUUACAUUCUGUUUUACAUAACUUUAUGUUAUAAUUUUUAACUUUAUUUGAUUAAUUGUAUGUGGCAUAUAGAAUUUUUUAUCAUUUAAAAUAUUGAGAGUCAACACUGUGCAGUCAUAUUGUUAUAGAAUCCAAAAAUUUUAAAAAUAAGGAUUAACUUCUACAAUUACUCUUACUCAUUAUACCUCUGUGAGAAAAUAUAUUAUUGAAAAAAAUGUCUCAUAAUUUCAAUUUGUAUUGUCUUGUUGUUCAAUUGAACUAUAAAACCUGAU